AAUCGCUGUCUUAUCGUUAACUUGUACUUCCCGACCGGUUGAACAGAGUAAACAGCUCCGUAGUCUGAUGGAUUUGUUGUUUUUGUUUCUGAAUUCAGCGUCCUCUUCCGCCGCUGCGGAGAUAUCCUCCCCGCAGUCAUCGUGGUGGACAUCUCCCGCCUCGACCAUCAUCUGUCGAGCUUCCGAUAUUAACCUCCUCUCGUGCUGACGAAGAGACAAGAAGAAAGAAAAAGGACUGAGCAGCCGGUCCAUUCAGUUUGGACAACCGAAGCUAGCCCUCGUACCCAUUCCGGUACGACUAAAGGUUAUAGAUAGCAAUAAACCACACUUCCUCGAGACCCAGGAAUCGGACACAAGCAACCAUGCCGCCUCCAGUACCAACAUACGACCCCAGCGGGAUCGAAUACUUCACGAUCCCCGACUUUUAUUUUUCCAAUGGAACAACACUGCACGACGUCAAGGUCGCGUACCGAGAGUUCAACCGCUCCGCAGCAUCCAGCGCUGGGACAGUCUUGAUCCCAACAUGCUACGCCGGCUUCAUCAACACGACCCUUACGUUCACCACAGGCAAUACUAGCGCACUAUCAAAAUAUCACGUCGUGGUAGUCGCCAUGCUCGGCAACGGCGAAAGCGCCAGUUCAUCGAACAAAUCAUUCUUUCCUGGUCCCGGUGAGCUCCGCUACGAAGACGUGGUGCGAGCUCAACACUUGUUAGUCACACAACAAUUUGGGAUCUCAGCAAAGCAUCCUCUCGAGGCCGUCAUCGGCUUUUCCAUGGGCGGCCAACAGGCAUACCACUGGUCCGUCAUGUAUCCAAGUCUUACAAAAAGAGUGGUUGCAAUCUGCUCCGCCGCCCGAACCAGUCUGCACAACUAUGCGUUUCUCGAGGGUCCCAUUGCCGCACUGACGAAUUCGAUUGAUUAUGUUGCGUGGCGGGCCAUGAAGGAAAAAUCGGCCCGUGGAGAAGCUGUGGGCGCGCAUUUGAAGGAAGUGGUUCCGAAGAGAGGACUCAGGGCUUUUGCGAGGGCUUAUGCCGCUUGGUUGACGAGUCCGCGGUGGUUUAGGGAUCGGUUGUUUGUGAGUGAUGUCAACGGGGUGAAUACGGUUGAGGACUGGAUGCAGGUCCGCGAACAGGGGUAUAUGCUUUGGGAUGCGGAGGAUUUGUUGGUUCUGGCAAGGAUGUGGCAGAUGGGUGAUGUUGCAAGUGUAGAGAGACAGAACGGAGAGGGAGAGGAAGGCGAGCAGAAGAGCGGUAAUGCGAACGGAGGACAACAAAAGAAUCUCGGUCUGAGUCAGCUGGGCGGUGCGGUUCCAGACGAUGAACGCUUCGUCAAAGCUCUGCAGAGUAUCUCCGCCCGCGUGCUUUUGAUGCCUUGUCGAACGGACCAGUAUUUCCCGCCUGAAGACUCCGAGUUCGAAAUGAAGCAUCUCAAGAAUGGGAGAUUGGCUGUUAUCGAGAGUUCCUGGGGUCAUAUCGCUGGCGGAGGCGCGAAUCCUAAGGACGUCGAGUUCAUGAAUGAGCAGAUUGCCAGGUUUAUGCAGGAGGAAUGAUGUGAUGCUUCGACUGUCGAUGCAUGAUUCUACAUAAAUGGAAUGGAGGUCUUGUUGGAGCGACGUUCUUCCAAAGUGUUUAGGCUAUACGGCUUAACGACUGUGUCGAGUUAUGUCAGGUCUUUUGUGGAUUGGAGACUGCCUCUCUCUGCCUCUUAUCUAUGACUUCCUUUGACACUGUUUGGGAAAGACAUCCGAAACAUAACAUGUCGAGCGAUCAAUGACAAUGGCGGCGGCGGUGCCUUCGCGGACAUCAAACGAAAUACGAUAUGCAUAAAAUAACAUCCAAACGAAAUGCAAUAUACACAAAACAAAUCCAAUUCAUAACUGCCGUGUGCCAACUAUACAUCUGUAUAUAUCGUAAAAGCAGAAAAUGGCUCCCUC